AUGAACCGUCCCAGCUCACAGACGCCGGCACACUUUAAGGACCUGGCCCGGCACGCCAUCUACCAGCAGUUGCCGCUCGGCGGCGCUGGCCACGAGGUGCUGCUGGUGAGGCUGGCGCCGGCCCCCUACUACAACCCGCUGCUGUUCCGGCUGCUGGCGCUGCUGAUUUUCCUGCUGGCGAAGCGCCUGGUCCGGCUGGCGCCGCUGAUCUACUCGCUGCUGACGGCGACGAUCCCCGAGGACCAGGAGGCGGUGCUGAUCACCGUCGAACAAUUAGUCAACGAUAUCACCCUCCACGAGACCCAUUUCAGUGGCGACGCCGCCUCGAGCAAAGAAAUGGCCCACAUUUCGCUAGGGAGCGGUCUCCAGUACCAGCACCAGGAAAUGUUCAUUGAUUGGAACUUGAAUGCCACCCGGUGCAAAUUGAUGCUCACCCACUUGCCGAUGGUGACGCUGACCCCCGACUUCAGCUACUCGCUGACGCUCCCCCAGCUUGUCGGCGACUUGGCGCGCCAGUGCCACAUUGUCCUUCUUUCGCCCACCAUCAGCGACCACGACCUCAUCAUCACCCUCUACUCGCUGAACAUCUACAAGGAGCACGACCUCGACGACGUCUUCCGCAAGAACGUCGCCGAGGUGCUGGUGAAGCAGCUGCGCCUCCUCCAGAUCCAGCAGACGCUGCUGUUCAACAACACCCACCCGGCGUUGGCGCACACCUACAAGGAGAUCGCCGUGCGCAACUACCUCAUCAACCUCGCGGCGGCGGCGCUGACGCUGCACGAGUAUAAGGUUAAAUUGGCCCGCCUAAAGCUGCAGGCGAAGGCCCGCGGCGACAAGGUCGCCAAGGACGUCAAGAAGAAGUUGUGGGACGAGGUGCGCGCCGAAGUGUUUCACCGGGCCGGUCUCAGUGAGUAG